AUUCAAAAUCGUGAAACCAAAAUAAACAAUUCAUAUUUGAAAUUGAUUCAUAAAUUAGUAAUAAAUCUGAUCGGAGGGAAAAAUCUCCGGCGAUCCUCCGUCCAAGUACUUCCAAAUCCGUCGAUAUCUUCCGUUUGUAUCUGGUCAGUUCUUGAAUGGAAGCGAUCAGGAAACAGGCGACCAAGCUCCGGGAACAGGUUGCUAGACAACAACAGGCAGUUUUCAAGCAGUUCGGGGGUGGUGGUGGUUAUGGAGGUUCAGAUAAUGUAGUGACUGAUGAGGCAGAACUCAUGCUUCACCAGAAACUUGAGAGGCUAUACAUAUCUACACGUGCUGCCAAGCAUUUUCAAAGGGACAUUGUUCGUGGUGUUGAAGGAUAUAUAGUUACCGGUUCCAAACAAGUUGAAAUAGGAACUAAAUUGUCAGAGGAUAGCAGAAAAUAUGGUGUCGAGAAUACAUGCACCAGUGGUAAUACCCUAUCAAGAGCUGCGGUCAACUUUUCACGAGCUCGUGUCCAGAUGGAGAAGGAACGAGGAAAUCUACUGAAAUCUUUUGGGACACAGGUUGCAGAGCCACUAAGAGCAAUGGUAAUGGGAGCUCCACUUGAAGAUGCUCGACAUCUUGCUCAACGUUAUGACAGAAUGCGGCAAGAGGCGGAAGCACAGGUCAUUGAAGUUUCUAAACGACAAUCAAAAGUGAUGGAUGGAAGCGGAAAUCCAGAACUAUUUACAAGACUUCAAGCAGCCGAAUCAAAAUUACAAGAUUUGAAAUCGACCAUGGCAAUAUUGGGAAAGGAAGCUGCAUCAGCUAUGGCUGCAGUUGAGGCUCAGCAGCAGAAAAUGACACUGCAGAGGCUUAUUUCUAUGAUCGAAUCAGAACGUGCUUACCACCAGAAGGUUAUUCAGAUUCUUGAUCAUCUUGAAGGGGAGAUGGUAUCAGAGCGACAACGGAUUGAAGCAGCUCCUACUCCAACAGAGGAAACACCUCCACCUCCAUCAUACGAAGAAGUGAAUAAUGCAUCUACUGCUCCAAUGCAAAAUGGUUCAAAUGAUGGGGUGGAUUACUUUUUAGGAGAGGCUAUGUUCUCAUAUCAUGCGGAGUCUGAUGUGGAGCUCAAUUUAUCAACGGGUGAUUAUGUUGUCAUCAGAAAGGUAUCGAAUAACGGUUGGGCUGAAGGUGAAUGCAAAGGGAAAGCAGGUUGGUUUCCCGUUGAAUACAUCGAAAGACGAGAGCGUGUUCUUGCAAGUAAGGUUACUGAAGUCUUUUAGAGUAUGUUCUCUAUGCUUUGCCCUUUUUAUAUCUUAAAGCUAAGUGUUUGUAUGUAUUUUUUGGUCUUUCGGUGUAAAAACAAAAUAUGCAUCCUAUUGUUUUGAUUGGAUAUUUGUAGAGCUUCGAUUUUUAUACACUUUUGUAUGUAUCGUGGUGCUUGUUCUA